GCUCUCAGUCGGCGCGUUUCUCGCACUACGUGGCUAAGGCUCUUGGUCUUGGUCUUACUCGCGGGUAUAGGGUACAUGCGAUGCUAUAUGCUAUGCUAUGUCAGUACUGCUUCGGCCGUCGUGUUAUGCGGAUGCUGUUAUACCACGCGGUUAACCGUAUUCAGUAUAAUAAACGCGCGCAUGCGUUCUUGCUUGUAAUUUAAAAACACACUUUAUUAUCCAACAACAUAAUACUUUUAAAUAUAUUAUUUGUCCUUAAAACCGUAGCUUUUAAAUACUCGCAUACCGGUUUACCAACUAAUUGUGACUAUUAAAAUUAAUUGCUGUUUAAAUAAUUGGCUUUUCGAGGCAGAUAAAUUUUGAGUCGUUCGGAUCAAGCUGUGGGUUUUAUCAAAAAUUGCUGACGGUCACGUGGAUGUUUUAAUGUAAUUGGGUGGAUUGUGUGGACGAGGCGAAAAUAAAGUGCCCGUGAUAACGCAGACACUGUGCUGAGUAAAUGUGCGGUUGGUACAUUAUUUAUUGUAUCAACCACGUGGAUAUUGGCUAGUCGCGGAUGGACGCUGAGAAAAGGUUUCAUUAUAUUUGAAAGGUGAAGAUGAAAAUACAAGUGGACUCUAGGUAGCGGCAAUGGACCUCAGCAGCGUUGGAGACCGGCAAGUCGAUGGAUCGACAUGCGCUGCAGUGGUCUCGUGUCUACAACAGGCACGAGAUCAUAAAAAGAAGAAAAUCAGCAUCAAUAAUAACAAUAACAAUAGCAAUAACAACAGUCGUGCUGAUAGAUCGAUAAUCGAUGAAAGAAAGAGUCAUCUCGGGCAGAUCCCACAGUCUAGGAAGAAAGAUCCUUACCAGGAAUUGGAACUUUACCUCGCUCGAGUUAUUGAGGAAAUUGAUGAAAUUAUUGUCACGUCACUGCCGUCGCAAUCCAUUCAGACUCCGACGGAUCCAGUCGAAACUACAAAUAGCGUCAACAGUAUCAAUAAUAAUAAGAAUAAUGAUAAUUUAUCUGAUGAUAUUAUAGGAGAUAAUUUAAUAGAUAAAUCUGUUGACACAAAUCAAAUUAAACAGACGCAGUCUCUGAAGGCAUCUCUGGUUUCCAAUAAAUUAAAUUCAUCAAGCAAAACAUUAUCUGUUUACGUAGCGUCAUUGAUUCCUCAUACCCAGCCUUCAAAUAGCAUCGAAGCUGCGGCAAAUCAAAUAGCAGCUGAAACUAAAACUAAAACUAAAACUCCAGUUAUCGAAUAUCGCGAUUUGCUGAGUGAAUUUGGAAUAUUGGAUAGCGAUGGUACCGAAAGUUGUACUGACAGCAAUAAUUCCUCGGAAUAUGAGGAUAAACAGCUAUCGAUUAGUGAAGAUAGUAUUAGCGAGAGUAAUAUUAAAGAAAGUAGUCAUGUAACUUUGAUAAAUAAUAAUAAUAAUAAUAAUAAUAAUAAUAAUAAUAAUAAUAAUAACGAGUCCAAAGAUAAUUUAGCAGAAAGUGCGGGGGUAAAAAAAAUAAGCGGAAGUUGGCCGGGUAUUGACGAAGGUAAUAGCAAUAAAAAUAUAAAAAACUCUGGUUCCCAAACAGAUAACAAAUUGAUAUUGUCAUUGAGUAGUAAUAGUUCUAGUCUACCAGCGAGUCUUGAUAACAGACAAGACGCGAGGUGCAAGGAUAUUCAGCCAAAUAACUUGUCAGAAUUAAGUUUCGAUAAAUUAAAUAAUAGUAAGUGUAACUGUAAGCCUCCGAUACGAGUUAAUGAAGGCAGUAGUUGUAGUAAUAGUAGUAAAAAUAGCUCGAGCCCAAUGAGUCGCAGAUGUAGAUCAUCGACGAAUUCAUUCGUUAAAUCAAAACUGUCGCCUUCGCGCACUGAAGAGGAGGCCACAGAUCCCGAUUAUGAUGACGUCUUUAUUAUAGACGACAAAGCCAAUUCGCGGCUGCAGUUUGUCGACAGGACGCCAAGAUCGGCACCGGUCACGCCGACUGAUGACAAAAGUCUUCCGUUUAAAUUAUUUCGCAAGAAGUAUCCGGUCACUGGUAGCAGUUGCAGCAACGGGAACUGCACCGGGAGAAUGAGCGACGCGAUUUUGGUGAGAGUCUCCUCGUUGCCGGAUCAAGAUCUACUGGAUCAUCAUCAUCAUCAUCAUCAUCAGGACUUUAAUAGACAUUUAAUGAAGAAAAAUAGACGUGCUAUUUCACCUCUGACACUUAGAUCGGAUAUCACGGCCAAGAGACUAUCAGAAUCGGAUAAAGACGUCAGUCAAAUAAGUCCCGUUCAACUGAAGACAUUUUUUCCAUUAAAUGAACAAAAUAACGCGGCUGUCGGUUGUGAUUUGCCAGUAGGGAGUAAAAAUUCCUCGGACACCAGCAUCGAGAGUGGGAAGUCGGACAAAUUUAUAAAAAACGAUUUGAGAAAAGUUGGCAGUGAGGAUUCGCGAUCGGUAUCGUUACCAAUAUCACUUACGGCAUUAUUCUCACGUCUGCGCAAUGGCGGGUCGUGUUGCCCCAGCAGCCAGCCCAUUGAGAGGUUUAACAGCUCAAACAUGGCGACCCAAACAUCCCCGGCGAUUUCACGGAGCUCGAGCUUUACGUGGGUCAGCGAUUGUGAUUCGCCUCGAGGUAUUUUAAUUCACGAUCGAAUAAGCAGUGAUGUUGGGGUUCAUCACCAGCUUCAUCAUCAUCAGCCCUACCAUCAACAUUCUCACCCUGACCCGUGCCACGAAAAUAAUAACAAGUGCCAGCAUCUCGAGCUAAUUAGAAAAUUUAACUUUUCAGCAGAGUCGCAUGUCGAUAUGCACUCGCUAAGAGAUGAAAGUGCACUAGAUCUAGCCUCGCCUCAAGACACCGUCGACGAUGAUAAUAGAUCCUCGUCCUCUUCUCAGGACCUCGUGCAAAGUCUGGACGAAAUUUCCUCGGGCAGUACUUCGCCCGACACGACUGACCGCGCUUCCCCUCUGGAAAGUGGAAUUGGCACCGCCAGCCCUCCAAGGAGUACAGAUCGACGCUCAAUCAAACCGUUAAUCAACAACAAAUGUUGUCGCAAAGAAACUUGGGAACGAAUACGUAGACGGCCGUCAAAACUAAACUCACGUUCGGAAAAAGGCUCCACUGAUGUAUGGGUUCGUAGAGAGAGUGUUUAUACUCAGACGAGACGAAAUCAAGAUAAAGACUCCCAAGAAGCCGUUGAUAGUAGCAGUGGAGUCGAUGAUACAUUACCUCGGAUCAAGCCUUCAAGGCCAACAAACUUAAUUAUUGACACCAGCAGUUCAUUGAGCUCUGGAGAAAUGCUCGAAACGUUGGCACUUUCAUCGCCAAAUUCGCUAUCACAGCCCACGGAGCCAACCGAAAACACACACGGCGAGACCCAGAUCCAGCCGUCUGACUCGCAGCCCGACCGGUUGUCUGAAAUCGAAGCCCAGGAAGCGUGCAAAUGGUUACGAGCCGCCGGUUUUCCGCAAUAUGCACAGAUGUAUGAAGAUUACCAAUUUCCAAUAGACGUGUCUGGUGUGGCAAAGGAUCAUCCGUUUCUCGAAGCAGACUCACUGCAGAGUUUGUAUCGGAGGCUUGACGCUCUCAACCGAUGUGCAAACAUGAAGCUUGAUACCCAUCACACCCACCAUCAUCAUCAUCAUCAUACCAACCAUCAUCAUAAUACCAGCCACAGCAAAACCGGAGGCGGAGGAGGUGGGGGAGGAGGAGGAGAUGACUCAGAUGAGGAUACACAGUGCGCAUUGAGUGAGAACUGGACGUUUGAAAAGAAAACGAGAAGAUGGUCACGAAUAUGCGAUAUAAGUCAAGCAAAUGUCGAGAGAUUGCAAGCAAUAGCCGCGGGACAGCUUCCUUGUCCCGAUGACUCGUUGGAAGAUCGCUUGGAAACCGACGAACCUGAAGAAACGAUGAUAGUACACGGCAGUGUCAGGUUUGAGAACAUCACGAGCAAUCCAAACUCGGAUGACAUGAGUCCCAAGUUUCGUCGCACCGGUUCCGAGCGGCUAAGAGACGGCGCUAAGGCAUUUUUACGACGGGUUGAGUCGCUUAAAUCACGCCGUCGAAAGCGUCAGAAUCGCGAGGGCGUUGUUAUCAGCGGACCUCAAGUGCUAGAUGUGAUAUCGAUGCAGCAGAAAAUGAAAGAUCUCAACUGCGUUGACGUGUCACCUACUGGACUUGCUCCGAUGUCAUUUGGCGACGCAUUUUUGCUUCCGUCGCCCAACCCACCGUCAUCACCGGUUACUUUACCCAACUCGCCCUACCACUUGCCAUCAGUCAAUUUGAUGACCACAACAAGCAGUCCAUUUGGCGACGACUCAUCGAGUUACUGCUCGGACGGUUCUCAGAGCGGCGGACCCACAAAUACGCCGACUAUCACCACGAGCUCAUCAACAACCGGAUCAACAAGGACUAAAUUAAAUAAAGCCAAGAGAUUUCUUUAUCGCGGUGGCGGUAUGCGGGAAGAUCAAGGCGCCUUGAGCGACUCUGAGUGCCAGCCGUCAAACUGGCGACACAAGUACCUGAAGGAUGCCAACAGCAAUCACACUAAAGUGCUCGAGUACCUAACGAGUCACUCAACAACUCCCGGUGGAGAAGCUACUCAUCCGUCGUCGAUAGGCACCAGGGGUGGGAGCCUUAAUCUUGGCAAAGACUCACAGCGUUAUCGCGACAAGCUGUCUGGUCAGUCAAAGCUACUUGACAAGGAGCUAAAAGUUGUUGCUCUAAAACGCGAAGACAAGCUCCACAAGAGCUUCCGUCAUGCGCGCGAUGAUCUGGUGAUUGAUCGCAAGCAACAGCAGUUAUUGAUCAAACACCAUCAGCAGCAGCAGCAGCAACAAGUUACUGUUUAUCGGGAGAAAUCGCGAUCGCGUAGCUCGGAAUUAGUCGCUAGUCAGGAGAGCAGCUCCACAAUGGCGAGUCGUGAUUCAGAUCCUGAGGAUGAGUCACCAAGACACAAGGGAACUGUUGUUAGGUGGCACAGUUUUCAACGCGGCUCUUUGUAUCCUGAGCCACUGGAUCCUCUCUGCCCACGAGCAAUGGCCUCUAUGUCUUGCGGACAACUGCUUGUUCUGCGAAAACUUGCUCUGCUGAAAUUGACCGCCUGCAUGGAACGUUACUGUCCAACUCAUCGCACCGGUUGGAAUUGGGAGCUGCCUAAAUUUAUCCGUAAAAUAAAAACCCCUGACUACAAAGAUAAAACAGUAUUUGGUGUUCCACUUCUACUGUCAUUGCAACGCACUGGACAGGCUCUGCCUAAAUGCAUUCAGAUAGCGCUGAGAUGGCUCCGUGCCAACGCACUCGAUCAGGUUGGAAUAUUUCGAAAGAGCGGAGUGCGUUCCCGCAUACAAAAGCUCAAAGCGAUGACUGAAAUUCAAGGUGACAAUAUUAAUUUCGAUGGCCAACAAGCAUUUGACGUCGCGGAUCUAGUUAAACAGUACUUCCGCGAGCUACCUGAGGCAUUGCUUACCAACAAGUUGUCCGAAACAUUCAUCGCGAUAUUCCAACACGUACCAGUCGAAUUGCGGCCCGACGCAGUUCAAUGUGUCCUCCUACUGCUACCGGACGAACAUCGCGAAGCGUUGGAAACUCUUCUCGACUUUUUGAAUCACGUCGCCAGCAACUCGCCGUACAAUCAAAUGACCGCGUCAAAUUUGUCAGUAUGUCUUGCUCCCAGCUUGUUUCACCUGAAUCACAACAACUCGAACACUAACAAUCGAUCAUCUAGUGUUUCACCUCGACGCAGGAAGACCGUUGGUAUUCCAGACCAACGUGAGCUCUCCGAAAACAAAGCGGCACAUGAUUGUCUUCUGUAUUUGGUUAAAAUGCAUCGUGAAUUGUUCAUGGUUUCAUCAGAUAUGUUGACGCAGUGCCACUUUAAUUACAUGGAGGAAAGUGUUCCCGUUGGUUUAGAAGAACUGGGAUCAGAAAUGAAACAAGACUGGCGUGGUUAUAUGUAUGCUUGUACAAGUGCUCUAUUAAAGGAAGCACGUGAAAAGAGCCGCGGUUGGGUGACAGUGAGCAAUCCAGCAGACAGCAGCGUGGAAAUGGCAUAUAAAAAAGUUGGAGACGGACAUCCUUUGCGUCUGUGGCGAGUAUCGACGGAAGUGGAAGCGCCACCACAUGAACUGCUGCAACGGGUGUUGCGCGAACGGCACAUAUGGGACCCGCAGCUAUUGAAGUAUCGCAUGGUUAAAAAAUUGGACGCGAACGCGGAGAUAUUCCAGUACGCGGCGGGCAACAUGAGUCCAUUACCGGCACGUGAUUACUGCGUCCUGAGAACCUGGCGGACAGACUUGCCGAAAGACGCUUGCGUUAUUGUUGAGACAUCAGUUCAGCAUCCAGACGCGCCGGUGAUGCUGGGAGGGACUCGUGGGAUCGUCUUGGCUUCGCGUUAUCUAAUCGAGAAGUGCGGAAGUGGAAAAUCACGUAUCAUGCAUUUGUCACGUGUCGACACUAAAGGAAGAACGCCUGAGUGGUAUAAUAAAAGCUACGGUCACAUCGCCGCUCUUUAUUUAAGUAAAAUACGUAAUUCAUUCAAGCACACGUCUGAUGGCCCGGAAAGUAAGGUCUGAGAUUGGGCCUCCGUACAAUGCUCGUCAUUGUACGGAUUCCAAGAGUCAAGCAUCUCUGACCACUCUUCAUCAUCCAGAGAUGACAUGGAUUAUUUAACAGUACCUCUGGCUAUUGACGAGGAGUAAAUUAUUUUAAUUAAAUAAAUACAUAAAUAACCAACAGAGUAUAUUAUAUCUAAUAAUAUAUAUAUAUAUAUAUACAUAUAUAUAUAUAUAUAUAUAUAUCAUGUGAAUCUCAAUGUCAAUGUCUCCAUGUCAACUUUAAUCCGCUUUAUAAAGACAAAACAAAUUUUUUUUUAAAUUACACGGAUUAAAUUAUGAGUAAUUAAUAUCAAAAUGUUAUGUAAUUUAUCCUCAGCACUUUUUUUGAUUAAAAUUCUCCAUCUUUAUGGGAUAGUACAGAAAAAUUACGGAGAUAAACGAAAAGAGCCGAAUGUAACCAAUUAUAACUUUGAUUCAAAAAUUUCGGGGCCAGUUUUUCAAAAUUUACAUUUCUGGGGUCAACAAAAAUAUUGAAGUUAUAUUUAUGAAAAAUAUGAUAUUUUAUGAAGAUUUUAAAAAAAUGUGUAAUUAUAUUCCAUUAAAAAUAUGAAAAUUUGAUAAAAUUUGAGUGCUGAUAAAUUUGAGAUAAAAGAAAGUAAGAUCUGAAUGUUAUUAAGUUAAAAUAUUUAUAAUUAUUAAUUAAGAGUUUAUGAUUAAUAUCAACUGAAAAGUAUAUUUUUAAUUAACAUAAGAAUUUUUUAUAUUAUUUUCUUGGACCAAAUACACCCUUUUUUUAUAUUUAACAAAUAAAUAAACAAUUAAGAUAUUGUUAAAAAAUUGAUAAUAUUUUUUUUUGUAGAGCGUUAAAAAAUGUGAAUAUGUGUAUAAUAAUAAUAUAUAAAAAAUAUAUAUAUUUUUGUGUGGACGAACGUGUGCGGUCAGUUGGGUAAAAUGGGAUUGAUAGAGUGAUUGACGGAGUUUAUUUGUCUGCCUCUAUUGGUAGAGCCAAUAGCUUUACCAAAUGUCAAAGAAAGUAUUGAAACUACAUUGAGAAAUGUUUUUAAACUCAACUAAAAAAACUUUAAAUUAACUAUAAUAAAAUUAUUGAUUUUAUUUAGAGCCAUUAGUAGAUUAUAAGAUGCACUGCAUUAAUUUAUCGGUACCUGGGAAGUUAAACAUUGAAAUUAUUCAUCACAAAGCCUCUAAUGAAUAUUAAUGCCUCGCGCAUCCUCAAAAAAAAAUAUAAAACAAAUAACAUAUACAUAUGUGAACAAAAUGAAUUAGAGAUAUAUUUAUCAAUGUAUUUAAAGUUAAUACUAGUCAUGAAAUAAUUAUUAAAGUGAAUUAUUGAAAACGCCUAUGAGUGUAUGAAAUAAUAACAUGUAAAGUGUUCCAAUAUGUUGUAUUUAAAAUAUAAAAGUAUCUGUAUGUAACACAUUAUUAAAAAAAAUAAUAAUAAUAAUAAUAACAAAAUAUAUUGUAUUUUUGUGAUGACAGUGCGUCAGUGGCAUUAAAGACAUGAUAAAAAGAAUAAUGAUAACAAUAAAUGAAAUCUAUGUAUGAUAUUUGUCAUGUCAAAAAUAUUACAUCUAUAUUCUUGUAAUCAAUAUCUUAUCGACUGUAAAUAUGUAUCAUAUUAAAAUGACGAAUAUAUAUAAAUAUAUAUUAUAUUGAUUAAAAAAUAA